AGAAGGCAGUGUCCCCCAGGAAGGAGCACUCCAAGCUGGUCCUCUGCCUGAUAAUGCUGACCUGGAAUGUGGUGAGAGUAAGGGAGGGUCGGGGAGCUGCUCUCUGGCCCGUGAUGAAGCCGCUCCUGUCAACAUAGGGUGCAGGGGAAACAAUUGGAUAAGUGGCUUUCCCUUUUAGAGCCUCAGUUUCUUUUUCCUGUGAAACAGGUGUGAGGGGAUCCUGACUUAAGCUUCCCACAGUCCACCCCACCUUGAUGUCUCUAGGCUCAAGUUCCAUCUGUGCGGUUUCCUCCUCUCUGGGAAAUUAUGUCCCCGCCCCCCAGUAGACUAGCCCUUUAAGGUUGGGAGGGGCCUGUUGGACACUGGCCUUCGAGGAAGCACUGAAGCGGGCCACCAGAGUCCUUGAGGUAGUUAGUGACGAUCCAAGGACUAGGAGACAGUUGGUGGGUGGGUGGCUUUCCAGUGGGAUCCCCAGCUGCUGGGUGGGGUGACAAGGAAGAAAGGAACGACCUCACUGAGGGCUCAACGUUACUGUGGACGAAAGCAGGGUCCUCAAGGAGCUGGUGAAGUGCCAAGGGUGCAGCUGUGGAAAGCUGUCAGAAUCUCCCCAGAUGCUCGCAUCUGCAACGCUCAGCCACCAGGCCUUCUAAUGCGCUGGGCUCUCCUCUAGACCAGCCCGAUGGCUGCAUACGAGACGUGCAUCAGAGGCCAAGCGGCCUCCACUGUGCGUAACUGCAUGAUGGUCGGUGGCACAGUGGUCCUGGUGGUCGGGACACUCUGCUUUGCAUCAUGGAGUGAAGGUAAUGCAGCUGUCCAGCCUGGCUCACUGGCCCCCACCAUGAAACAGCCAUUGCCCGAGAUGCCCCUGACUUUGCUCAAGUCUGUCAGCUUCCUCUGCUGUAGCAUGGGUGGUAUGCUUCUGUUCUUUGGCCUGCUUUGGUCCAUCCAGGAAAGGACAAAGAAGUCAAGCCAGGGGGACCUCUACCGACUCUCCAGAGACCUGUAUCACCUUGCUGUGGAGUCCCCUGAGAGGGAGAGCUACAGGCCUCCCAAGGAGGCUGCUAUUCCCACUUGCGAGGAGACUAUGUACUGCCCACUGGCUGAGGGUCCCCUGCAAUUCCCCGUGCAACCUGAAGAAGACCUCCAGUGCCAUGCCCCAGGAGAUGCCUGGCUGGGGUCAACAUCCCUCUCACCCCCACCCAGCUACGAGAGCAUCAUCCUCACUCAGGGGCCUGUUUCUGGAUCGAGUGCUGCAAGCUCCAGCCCAGGUUGAGCUCAGGCUGCAGGAGAGUUACCAGGUCUCCAGCAAGGCUGUGAAGCUGGUCCCUAACCAGCAAGCUUUGCUCAGGGCCUCUACCAGUACUGGGUUCACAGCAGGCAUGCAACAAGAGGUCUAUUGCUGGGUGCUGUUCAUGCAUCUGUUGCUGUGUGAGCAGUAGUUGGCUUUAAAUAAACCCUACUUUAUUAUGUCUCACAUCUUA